AUGAUAAAUCUGUUCCCUAAAUUACAAGACAAUUAAUAUAAUCGACAAUCUUGGGGAGGGUUACUAUUUCUUAUAACAAUCAUUUGUAUUGUUGUUUUCAUCUGGGCUGAGAUUACUAAUGCUCUCUAGGGGACAAUUUAAUUGCAAGUGGAUCCAGCAAUUGAUUCUAGGAUUAGAGUUAACUUGGAUGCAGUAAUCUAAGCACCUUGCCAAGCAUUAACAUUAAAUAUUUAAGAUAUGAUGGGCUCUUAUUUACAAGAUGUAUAACACACUAUGAUAAAAACACGUAUAGUUGAUGAGAACUUAGAAUAUGUGGAUGUUAAGCAAAACAUAAAUUUUACUUCUUGUUAUGGAGCUGAACUGUUGAUAGAUCAAAAGUGUUACAGUUGUUAAGAUGUUAUGAUGGCAUUUGCUUAAAGAAGAUGGAGAUAACCCAAUUUUGAAAGCAUCGUAUAAUGUGUUGGGAAACCCACUGUUCAAUUUGAUGACUCAGAAUUAAAGUAGUUUCGAUAGGCUGAUCUUAAUCACUAAAAAGAGCUUCAGUUGACGAAAAAAGAAUUGGUCAAUGUAACGGCUACUGAGUUGUUCAAACAAUCUAUUGAGGUAGAUGAUGAAGAAGAGGAUGCCACUGAAUAAAUCAUGACUUAAGAAUAGAGAGACAAAUUCAAAAAGGCUUUGGGUCAACUCUCAGAGAUAAGUUAUAAUCCUAUGCAGUGGGAUGAAUAGAGAUUGAAAUAAGAAAAGGGCAAAUAAAUUGAUUAAUUGAUUGGAAUGCUGAAUAUAUCAUUGGAUCAUAUUGGAGGUACAUUAGCCAGUCAAUUGCGUUUCUCUGAUAGAGAAAGAGUAUUACCUUUCAAAAAUCUCACAUAAGAUGUUAAAUUAUUGACAGAAAUUUACAGACAAAAGUGCGAGACUACUUUAAAGAUAUACUUAAAUGCUUCCUAUGAUAAUGAAUCAAAGGUUGAAAACUUUGAACUUGAUAUGCCUAAGGAUUAGUGUUCUAUCCCAUUCUAUUAUUCUGCAAAAGAUGACAUCAUGACCAUCCAGGUCUAGAAUUAUGAAAUAUAAUGGAAGAUUAAUACUUCUGUUAUGAUGAGUUAAUUCGUUUUCUUUAUUGAAAAACUAUUGGUUAUCAAUGAAGAAUACAACUACAAUUAUUAACCUAAUUCUAUGCUGGAUAGAGCAUACAAUUAAUUUAGAAUCAGCGUGUAUGUUCAUGUUAAAUAAAUUAAGAAUCCAAUAACCAAAAAUUCAAGAUUGUUAUUUAGUGAAUCUUUCUAAGUAGAACAGCCAUCUGAAUCUUAUAUCGAAGUUUCUGAUAUUGAAGAACAUAUAGAUGAAGCUUGCAGAUUUUUUGGAUAUUUUUACAUUAAGAAGGUUCCUGGAGUAUUUGCUAUCCAAUCUAAUAAGCCAGCUAUGGAAUUAAUUAAUAGAACAUUCCAAGGAAAUCAUACUUUUAAAUUAUCAUUUGGGGAUCAGACAUCAACUCAAAGAGAAACUUAUAGUUAAUUUUCUUCAAAAUACUAUCUAAAAUUAGUUACUACUAAUAAUAUAGAUAUUUGGAAUAAUCAGAAUGUCUUUUAUACCUUCACUUAACAAAGAUCACUUUACAAUGAAACUAUAGCUCCUUUCAUUGAAUUUCAAUACGAAUUCGAUCCCAUAUCGAUGACAAUUCAGUCUACUUCAAUUACAAACUAUUUAGUUAUAGUUUUUGCUGUUAUUGGAGGUGUCUUCGCUGUUAGUAAAUAUAUUGCUGGCAUCUUGAAUAUGUUAAUAUGA